AUGUUCGUGACAAGUGCCUUCGUCAAAUGCUGUUUAUUCACAAUACUCGUCGGGCAAUUCAGCUUAGCUUGGCCAACUCAAAGCGGUCUGUUCGAUUUCCCGAGGCGUACAUUCUCACCACAUGCCAUACAGCUCUCUCGAGUCCAAUAUGAACAGGCAGAACUUGUUGAUAGAUCAGCGACUAAUGGAACACAAGACGCCCCUGUAGUUGCCGGCAGUGAGCAGACGCAGAAUCCUAACAGCACCCCAGCAAACACAGGCAAUGGGACAAGCAGUGGAUUUGAUCCUGCGCCGGGUUUUAUACCAAAUGAUCCCACCGUGAGCGCGGCAACCAACUGCACAGAUCUGACUAGUCAUCGGGACAAUAAAUGCUGGGAGGAGCUGCAAUUGACCAGCUGGACGAACAAGUGGAUCGCGACCAAUUCUGCCAAGUGUUUAGGAGGAGAGACGUUUGCUUCCUGUUUCCUGAGGUUGCAGGGCUUCGGGGGGCUGGAUUGUGAUGGUAUAAAGAUCGACGCUUGCGUACCGCCCCAAGCCAACAUGUCUCUUAUACAGCCUGAGGUGUACUACGUGGCUUACAACAUCUACGCCAUCAAUCAAUUCUUUGUGUCAUGGUGGACCGCUGUAGGCAACGCUGGAACACUUGCGGGCCUGAACGUGGACGAAAUAGUGCAACUUGUUCAUGUCCCCGACAACACUAACUUGAUCAUGGACGAUAUCCUUAUCGCCCUUACCGGCAUCUUCACUGUCGCUCCAGUCGCCACCGCCGCACUCCGUACGAGUCUUGAGAGCAUAAGUGUCGCGACUAGGUACCUGACCUCCAUGCAAGUCAUCGAAGGUGCCCUCUUUGGAUAUCCUCAAAUUGGGCGGUAUCUCUUCCCCGCUGAAGGCGCUGAUGCGACAUUCAUCCAGAUCGCUGAUCUCAAAACGCAACUCGUCGGCAUCUUGCAGAAGGUGCAGGACAAUCUCAACUUGACUCUCGUCGACACUAUGACAGACGUCAACCAAUUCCUUGCCUUUGCUUCACAGGGCAAUUUCACCUACUCAGCUCCUUCCUUACCUGACCAAGCAAACUAUCUUCUCUACGGCUUCAAUACCUACAUCGUCUCGGCCGCGCUCGCAGGCAACGACAUUCACGCCGUCCUAGCAAUAGACACUGACCCGCACCAGCUAGCCACCAAUGGCACGAAACUCAAUUACGACAUCGAUUGCAAGAACGGCUACAAUGAAGUCGGCGUCUGCGAUCAAUGGUGGUACGACAACGAAACUAACAUCGCGUACGGCCUUGACGAUUACCGGCAUAUGAACCGCGACUGGUACGAUACGCUCACCGCUCUACUCUCUAAUUACACCACCGGGGAACUUCUCUUCACCUCUGCUUUUGCAUGCAACACGCAAGGCGGCUACGGGGCGCCGGUGAACGUGACGGUGAACUCUGCCGGCGUCAACACAGCGUGUUUGAGCCAAUUGCAGACGCUGAGGUGGGAUAAGACUUGCACGCAGCAGAAAGUGGGGACUACCUGUGAGUUCCUGGACGGGCCAAGCCAGAACGGAUGGAUGAGUGCAUGUGGGAGUCACAGUUUCUUUAGUGGAUAUGUGAUCGGUUCAACUGCAGAUGCAUGGGGAGGAUCAAGACCACAGCAGCAUGUUUUGAGCGAGAACAUUAUGAGCAUAUGA